AUGAGUUUUCUGUCAUCGAUUGGCCAGUACGUGGCCGGUAUGGCGGACAGUGUGGCCGGGCUCGCUUUAUCGCCGCGCCGCGCCCCACCACCACGCCACCGUUCUGCAGAAGAGUCUCAGCAGCAACAACAACCGUCGACAGCAACUAUGCGAGGAUUUCCUCGUGUUGUCCCUACUGAGGGAGUGUCAGCAUUGGGCGCACGUCGUCGUACUUUGGACUGUUUGGCUCCCAUUGCCCCGCAACGACGUGGAGGCUCCUUGCGAGCGCCUCGACAAACAUUGCCACCCGAGAAACCCACCAUGGCUUUUUGCAAACGACGCCUCUCCUGGCCCGAAGUGGACAAUUCUGUUAACUCAGGCGUGCAAGAGACGGAUGGUUCCUAUUUUGAGAGCUUCACGGCACUGUCUUGGAGGCAAGAGAAUCGUAGGCUGGCUGCUCUACGUUUGGCCGAGGCCAGAGCUGAACGUCCACCUCCAGCCCCUCAUGAGCUUGGUCUGCCAAGUGUCUCUGCUCAUUUAUCGCACAAGGAACAUGAGCAUCUAUAUACUGAGGUAUUAUAUUGCAUCGAGAAUGCAGUGGGGGCACCUGCACCGGAUGGACAGUUUGCAGCUUAUAAGGAGGAAGUAAUUGAGUAUGCUCGUCGUGCAUUCAAAGUUCCUACAGAAGUACAUGCAAGGGCACUCCGCUCAGCUGGUAGCGAACGCCCCCCCACUGUGGUACUCGGCUGUGCGGUCAUCGAAGCCGAUGGAUUAGAGGCUAAAGAUGCUAACGGAUUUAGCGAUCCGUAUUGCAUGCUCGGAAUCCAACCGGCGUCGUUGCCCGCCUCCCCUCGGGCCUCCGAGGACGAGGGCCGCAAACACGGUUUCCGGCUGAGUUUCAAGCGUCGCGACGGACGCCAACAGCGUGACAGCCUCGGGAGACUGCCCGCACGUUACAUUCGCGCCACUAGCGUUAGACCGCACACUUUAUCGCCCAAAUGGAAUGAGACGUUUAAAUUUGACAUUGAUGACAUAUCAUCGGACGUCCUUCACCUGGACAUCUGGGAUCAUGAUGACGAAAGUUCCGUGCUAGAUGCAGUUUCGCGACUCAAUGAAGUGCGUGGGGUUCGCGGUCUUGGACGAUUCUUUAAGCAAGUAUGUCAAAGUGCACGUCAGGGCAGUCAAGACGAUUUUCUUGGCUGCGUAAAUAUUCCGCUGCGAGAGAUUCCAUCAACUGGCGUGGAAGCUUGGUACAAGUUAGAAGCACGAUCGCAACGCUCUUCAGUACAGGGUCGCAUUCGACUCCGUCUGUGGCUGUCAGCCCGCGAAGCAGGCAGGCAUGACGAUGAUAAUUGGCAGCAGGUCCGUCAACACGAACGACUCUUCGGCGUGCUGCUGGCCCACGAAGUCGAGACAGCGAGUAUGCUCCACAGCGGGGACGCUGCAUCGGGGGAAGCGAGUAGCAGCGUCCCUUGGGAAGGCGAACUGUGUGGGGCAGCGCAAACACUAUUACACCAGCAUGCUGUGCAAGGAGACCUAAGCACCCUACAAGCCGCUAUCGCCCGAUUCGCCGCAGCAUGUCGGCUCAACAGCGAUGCACCUCUGGAUCCCAAGUAUAUGUACAAGCUGUUGACGGAGUUGGAAAAGACAUGGUGCGCCCACGAGGCUUUGAAUGGUGGUGGCAGCGGUGAUUCAGGGGCCGGGGCAUCACGCGACGAAGAGCGAUGGCUCGCUGAUUGUUUCGGCGAGUUUGUGGAGCGCGCUCUGCAUCAACUUCGCCUCCACCGGGAUCUGUACCCAGUGCUGCAUAAUCUGAGCCUGAAUCAGUUGGAAUAUUUAUUGAGAUGUCUCAACCAAUUGUCCCAAAUGAAAGCUUUUUGGCGUUGCUGCCCAUUCAAUAAAGAAAUAAGGAGUGAAAUUGUGGGCGCGUUACGCAAAGGUACCGCGGAGUGGUAUGAAGCGCUCUGCGCCCAGGACACUAGAUCUGAGCGCGGGGAAGACUUGGUAAACCUUAUUACGCUGGUCCAAAUAGAUCUUCAGCAGGGACUUACUUACUACCAUCCGCUAUUCGAAACAACCAACAACGUCCCAUAUUUCACAGUAGUGUUCACUCAAAUUGAUAAAAUGGUAUCCGAAGAUGUAAAACUAUGCGUGGAACAUUGGAUAACAGAAGGAUGGUGCGGCGUGGAUGAAGAAGACUUGUAUGACGAGCACGGCAAUGGAGUGUGCGUAGUGUCGGCGAAGACACUCCCGUUUGAGGUGUUAGCGGCGGUGCGUGAACUAUGUGCCGCGGCUGCCCCGGCCCCGUCUCCUCACCCCAACGCCGACCCGCCGCCACAGCUGCUCGAAGCGUACAUUUGGUUCGAGCCGUUGAUUGAUCGCUGGCUGGCGGUUACCAAGACGAUGGCACUGCAAAGAGUGCGCGCGGCAGUCGAACUAGAUCGUUCCGUGGAAGGAGAACACUUAGUAAAACAUAGCACGUCUUCGGUAGACACCGCUGCUUGUUUGUACCACAUGCGUUUGGUAUGGCGUGCCAUUGGUGGUUCAGAGGAGGGCACGGUUGGUGGAAGCCUUAGGCUAUUGGAAGCAGCUUGUGCAACUGCACUGCACUAUGCUGAUCUAGUGCAUGGUGCACUUGCUGAUCAAGGCUAUUAUGAGAACCAUGGGCAAAACAAAACAACCGAAGAGAUAUGCACGAUCGUCAACAAUUUGGAGUACGUGCGGCGUUCUCUUGCUGAGUAUGACGACGAGCAUAUCGCGAACGACGAGAACGCGCGGCAACUUGUGCGUGGCGCGUUAGGCACGCUCGACGCUCGCUCGGCCCGCGCCGCCACGCCCCUCGCCGCCCGCGCUCGGCCCGCGUUACGCAAGGCUGUGUUCCACCUGGCCUGGUCACCGGAUACUUUACCCACGCCACAGGCUAUAACACCCCUUUUGGAGUUUUUGGAUCAACAUUUGUCGUCCUUAAACACUUGGCUGCUCUCCACGCGCGUUUAUCCGUGCGCUCGCCGAUUGAGGGAGGCUCUGGAUUUACUUGCUGAAUUUUUCCACGCAGAGGGAAAAGGCCUACCGAUGUCUGACGUGCAUAGCGUUGAGUGGUCUCGAUUGGAACAAAGAAUGCAAUUCCACCAAGCUCAAACGGAAGAGCUAUUGGAGAUGUGGCUUGCUGACCGGAUAAUUGAACAAUCCCGCACACCUCUGCCUUCGCCGUAUGGUUCCAUUUUAGUCAGAGUGUACUUCAACCACGAUUCGCUGUGUGUGGAGGUUCUGUCGGCGCGGGAUGUAAUUCCUCUAGAUCCUAAUGGAUUAAGCGAUCCGUUUGUUGUAUUGGAGCUACUUCCAAAGAGAUUGUUCCCGAAGGCUCACGAACAAAGCACGAAUGUUCAAAAGAAAACUUUGAAUCCUGUAUGGGACGAGUGUUUUGAAUUUGCGGUCUCCUUGGAAGCCUGCCGCUCUCCUCAAGCCACACUGGCUCUGUCUGUGUGGGACCGAGACGUGCUUACAGCGGACGAUUUCGCUGGCGAAGCCUUCAUAUCACUUUCGCGAGUACCCGGUGUCAAUAGCCAUGCACCGCCAGAUCCUCUGCGCCCCGUAGAACUGCCACUGAUGCAGUUACACGAUCGAAGUCACCCAAUUUUGCAAAUCUUGGAGUCUCGUACAACGGACAAAAUGGCGAUGGAUUUCGUCAAAAAACAGAAAUUGCGUUUCGCCGAACAG